UAAUGACUAAUUAAGCUCAGGUGGGCUGGAUUUCCAUACCACUGGGUUUUAUGAACUGAGGGUUACUGGUGAGGAUUUCUGACACAGGAUUUUUUUCAGCACAACGAUACCUUAAGAAUGCACGGCCCUAAAAGGGUGAAGCAAGACGCUGAAACUCUCUCCUCCCUUACACGCCGCUUGUGGAUUCUGGACUCCGCACAUGGACAUUGUGUGGGACAGGAAUGAGCAUUGUCAUAGCAACCAAGACAAAAACCACGGCGACGAGUGCUGAAUGAUAGAGGGAAUCUUAGUUUGAGACCUCAAGAAAAACUCUCACAGGAACUUCAUUCUUCAUAGUCUCGUCCAAUCAAAACCCUUCAGAUCAACUUCAAGAUCCAAUGAAAAGUCAUUACCGAAUCCUAACAACCAAUCAGAGACCUUCAGCUCAACACUUCCUCCAGCCCAAACUCUCCAACUCAGCCUCAUCCUCCAGUCAGGAACCUCCCAGCUCAACAUCAGCCAUAUCCAUCUCUGCCUAAGGACUUAUCUGGAGAAGCCUCCUCUGUGCUCCUCUCCUGUCCUGUUCUCCCCCUCGGGUUGUGUUCCUCUGCGGUGCGGGAGUAGCCUGCAGCGAGGCGGCAGCAUGCUGCAACAGAUCCUGAAGGACAUGUACGUGGACCCCGACGUGCUGGAGGCACUGGGCGACGAGCAGAAGAAAAUCCUCUUCCUGAAGAUGCGACAGGAACAGGUGCGGCGCUGGAAUGAGCGGGACGAGAAGGAGCAGAGGGAGGACAGGAAAGAGAACGCGCUCAGACCAAAGAAAGGCAACAGAAAGAGUGUAAACUGGCUGCUGGGGCGUGAUGGAGACGUCUAUGUGUGUGAGAUUGGAGACACGGACGGGGAGAAAACACCAAAACGACUUCUCUCAGAACUGAGGCAGAACGGAAGCAUUCGCAUUAGAACAAACAGCGAACCACUCAGGACCAAUCAAGUGGAUCAAAACGGCAUACAGCUACAACUCAAGAAACCUGAGGAGCUUAGUGAUUCAGGCAGCACGGUGGUCGUCCCAGGGGACACAAGGCAGGCCUCUGAUUCGUCAAGCCUCACUAGCAGCCUGCAGGACCCCAAGGACGACUCAGAUGACUCGGGAACUGUCGAGGACGACCUGAAGGACCCCUCAGAGGAGGAGAAUUCGGAGAGUGCGUCGGACGACCUCAGUGACUCGGGCAUCUUUUACAAAUCCCACUCCAGGGGCCCUGGCCUGUCCCUAACCAGAAAGCCCCGCCCCCAAGAACAGAAUGAGAGGGUGUCAAUCAAGGAGACACCCCUACCUCAGGAGAGUCAGGGGCAAGAAAAAGCCUCGCUCUCCGAGGGCUCGUCCUCCUCUUCCGUCUUUGGCGGUCGCGUGGCGCAGCUGAGACGCAACUUCGGUGUCGCCGGUAGCAACGGUGUGCCCACAGGGGGCAAACCUCCGGUGCCCACCAAACCGGCUCACUUGCAGCACCUUUCGGCCCCAACGCCACUAUGAGAAGACACACACGUACACACAUACACAUACUCACGUACACACAUACACACACCUGUAAAUAAACACAUGCAAGUACACAAACACAUGCGUACACACAUGUAAAUAAACACACCAUAUGCACACAUACAAAUAAACCCACACGAAUGUCAAUAAGAUAAGCCACACAUAACCGCUCAAAAACACCACUAUUCAACUGAGCUGUGGACUUGGGUUAUCUCUGGGUACACACACACACAAACACACACACACACAGACCUUACCCAGUGCUCCAAAGACAAAGAAAACAGAGAGGGGGUAAUCUCUGACAUUGUUCUCAGGAAAAUAACAGGAGUGAGUGUGAGUGUGAGUGUGUGGUUGUGUGUUGUUCACAUAAGCACUGUACAUAUGUUCAUUUAGACAGCAAGGUCAAAUCACAUGACUCAAAAACACACAGACACAUACAGUAUGCAUGUAGAUUGCACGUCAAGAACUAUAUGUCCGACAUGUCCCAUUCUAUGUCUGACGUAAUCAGUUACUGUAUGAAGAGGUCAUUGUGAGGUCAAAGCAGGGAAACAUGUCUCCUCCUAACAGAUCAAGACCAAAGUGUGUGUAUAGUUUUAUACUGUCUUUUUAUGGGUGUGUUGAUAUAAAUAAAACUUUGUUCUGCUCA